UUCUUCUUCCCCUUCACACAUAUCUCCAAAAUCCCUAGAAAAAACCCCAUCUCCCUCUCUCUCCUUACGCCCAAAAACACAUCCCCAUUUCUCUCCUCAAAUCUCUCUCCCCCUUCCUCUCUCUCUCUCUCUCUCUCUCUCUCUCUCUCUCUCGCACAUUCUGUGUUUCAGAUCUCGAACUGCCUAGCUUUUGCUUCAUCAACCCAUUCUCUUGCAACUCUACUUCGGGGGAGAAUUAGGGAGGUGGUAGAAAGAAGAGCCAGAAGAACUGAAAGUGGCAUUUCGGAUAUCAGAUGUCUCAUGUGAGAUGAAGAAGACGACCCACUCCCAUCUUCUUCUCUCACUUCUCAUUGCCUUGUUUUUUGGCACAGUUGUGUGCCUCUCUGCUGCUAAGCAAGCACCGACUAUCUCUAGCUAUGGAGGCCUCAGUGACGCCGACGCUAUGUACAUCAAGAAGCGGCAGCUUCUUUACUACAAAGACGAAUUUGGUGACAGAGGAGAGAGAGUCACAGUAGACCCAUCGCUGGUUUUUCCGAAUCCAAGACUUAGAAAUGCUUACAUAGCAUUACAGGCUUGGAAACAAGCCAUCUUCUCAGACCCUCUAAACCUGACAGCCAAUUGGGUUGGAUCCCAAGUUUGCAACUAUGAGGGGGUUUUCUGCGCUCCAGCUCCGGACAACAAAACAAUCCGUACAGUUGCCGGCAUUGAUCUCAACCACGGUGAUAUUGCAGGGUACUUGCCUGAGGAGCUUGGCUUGCUGGUGGAUCUUGCAUUGUUUCACAUCAACUCUAACAGGUUUUGUGGGACUGUACCUCGUAAGUUCAAGGACAUGAGGCUGCUCUUUGAACUGGAUCUUAGCAACAAUCGGUUUGCUGGGAAAUUUCCACAGGUUGUGCUCAAGCUGCCUUCACUCAAAUUCUUGGAUCUGAGAUUCAACGAGUUUGAGGGUACUGUACCAAAAGAGCUAUUUGACAAGGACUUGGAUGCAAUCUUUAUCAAUCAUAACAGGUUCGUUUUCGAUCUACCUGAAAAUCUUGGCAACUCCCCAGUAUCUGUCAUUGUUUUGGCGAACAACAAAUUUCAUGGAUGUGUGCCGUCAAGCUUAGGUAACAUGUCAAACCUCAAUGAAAUCAUCCUCAUGAACAAUGGGUUUAGAUCUUGCAUGCCAGCAGAGAUAGGUUUGCUUAAAGACCUAACAGUCUUGGAUGUUAGCUUCAAUCAAUUAAUGGGUCCAUUACCAGACGCAUUUGGUGGAAUGGCGAGUCUUGAACAGCUCAAUGUAGCUCACAACAUGCUCUCAGGGAAGAUUCCGGCAAGUAUUUGUAAGUUGCCGAAUUUGGAGAACUUCACCUUCUCUUAUAAUUUCUUCACUGGAGAGCCACCAGUGUGUUUGAGUCUACCGGAUUUCAGUGACAGGAGGAAUUGCUUGCCAGCAAGACCAUUACAGAGAUCUGCUGCACAAUGUAACGCAUUUUUGUCUAGACCUGUUGAUUGCAGCUCGUUUAGAUGUGCUCCUUUCGUUCCAUCUUUGCCUCCUCCUCCUCCUCCCUCACCUCCAAUGCCGGUACCUUCACCUCCACCACCAGUUGUUAUUCCACAGUCACCUCCACCCUCUCCGCCACCUCCAAUAUUUUCACCCCCGCCACCAUUUAUUCCACAGUCACCUCCACCCUCUCCGCCACCUCCAAUAUUUUCACCCCCGCCACCAUUGCACUCUCCACCUCCGCCCCCUCCACCAGUGUACUCUCCGCCUCCUCCCCCUCCACCUUCUCCAUCGCCGCCGCCACCACCCCCACCCCCACCCCCACCCCCACCCGUAAAUUCACCACCACCCCCACCGCCUUCUCCCCCACCACCCUCUCCCCCACCACCUUCACCACCCCCACCCCCAUCUCCAUUACCUCCAUGUGUACGGCCCCCACCCCCGCCUCCACCAAAUUCCCCACCACCGCCACACUCACAGCCCCCGCCUCCACCACCGGUUUAUUCUUCACCACCACCUCCUGUCAAUUCUCCAACUCCCCCAUAUCACUCUCCUCCACCUCCAUCACCCCCACCUUGUAUAGAACCGCCUCCACCUCCACCACCAUGUGUAGAGUAUUCACCACCCCCACCCCCUCAAUCGCCCCCCCAACCUUCUCCACCAUCACCAGUGUAUUCUCCUCCACCGCCUCCUACUCCACCUCCCCCACCAUCAUCACCGCCACCACCACCACCACCACCAUCCCUGUCUCCCCCGCCGCCUCCUACACCACCCCCACCAUCUCCAUUACCUCCAUGUGUACGUUCCCCACCACCGCCUCCACCAAAUUCACCACCACCUCCAUCACCAAUAUUCUCCCCACCACCACCUAUUCCUUACUAUUAUAACUCCCCACCACCCCCAUCACCUCCACAUUCGCCUCCACCUCCACAUUCACCUCCACCACCAGUUUAUCCUUACUUGGCACCUCCACCACCACCUCCUGUCAAUUCUCCACCUCCCCCAGUUUAUUCAUCACCGCCUCCACCCCCACCUUGUAUAGAACCGCCUCCACCUCCACCUCCACCAUGUAUAGAGUAUUCACCACCUCCGCCCCCACCUUCAUCGUCACCGCCUCCUCCUAUACAUUAUAAGCCACCACCAUCACCAUCCCCACCACCACCAGCAGUUUACUACCAUUCUCCCCCACCAUUGUCGCCUCCACCCCCAUCCGUAAUCUAUGGAAGUCCGCCACCUCCGACUCCAGUGUAUGAGGGACCAUUACCACCAAUCACAGGGGUCUCAUAUGCUUCCCCUCCACCACCACCCUUUUAUUGAUUCUUUUGAGAAUUUCCGAUCUCUAACCUUCCAUCAAACAAGGAGAGAAAUACUAUGGAUUUCGUCAUCAGGGUUUCUUGUUUCCUCUUGUGGGCGAUUCUCGUCGCUCUGCUAGAGAAAAUUGAGAAAGAAUCUGGGCAGUUUACAUGAUUGAAUCAUCUCUUGCAGAUGGUCUCAGUCAGAUUUAUUGCAUUGUUAUUACUGAUCAUUGUUAAAGAAUUGAAGCAAAGAAGACAAUUUAGAGAGGUAAGAGGGGAAAUUGUCUCCAUAUUUAUUUGAAUUGUUAUGGAAUAUUUGAGUUGCGAAAUAAAAAUGGCAGAGAAAGAUCAGUAGGUUGCAGAGAGAGUGCAUGUAUAGGGAUGGAACGGAGACCAUAAUCAGGGCUAGCUAGCAUUGCUGCUCGAUUGUGUUCUUUGUUCUUUUUUCUUCUUUUAUCAUACCUGGUUCCUUAUUUUUGUUUUUCGAUUUAUAGUAUAAUAAUCACGAACACUUCACUUGUA